AGUAAGAAGAGAAGAGAGUAGAAGAAAAUUUAUGCUAGGGAACAUUACGCUAGCCCCAUACAUUGAAAACUCAGCAUUGGCAUCAGGAGGGAAUCAGACCCGUCCACCACAGAAGAAGAACCGCCCCUGUUGUGAUCAUUGCAGGAAACUAGGCCACACCAAGGAAACCUGCUGGGACAUCCAUGGUAAACCACUAGAUGCAAAGUCAUUCCGGAAUAAGGAAACUAGAGGCAACACAACUUAUAACACUUCUCAAGAAGGAGAGGUAAGUUCUGAUCCAAGUCCCUUUAGCAGGGAACAAAUAGAAUCCCUGCAGAAACUUCUCCAACAAACCUUGUUGAGCACAAGGAAACCUACUAGUACAACAAAAGUAGCUCAGAAAGGUAAUUUUUCACAUACUUUAAACACCUCCAAAGGAAAAAGAAGAUCCUGGAUUAUAGACUCUAGAGCUUCAGAUCACAUGACUGGAGACAUAACUGUUUUUGACAACUAUUCUCCAUGUCAUGAACACUCUACAGUUCGGAUAGCAGACGAUACACUCUCAAAAGUUGUUGAUUUUGAGGUCGGGAAAGACGAUUGGCAGUGCUGAAGAAUGUGAUGGGCUCUAUCUUCUUCAGGUUAAAGAUUCCAAUAAGAAACCCGAAGCUAAUUCAUGUAUAGUGAUCCC